AUGUCCUUGGCUCUCUGUGGCGGGGCUGUCGACCUUGACCUCCGCAACAAGAAUGGCGAUACACCACUUCAUAUCGCUUUAAAGGAGAUGGAAGAGGAUCAGGAUCGUUUUGAAAUUGUUCAAGAACUAGUAUGUUGUGGCGCAGAGUGCAAACGAAAACGGAUCAUCGCAAAUCCUCCAUGCGAUGACGAGGAUGACGAGGUUGAAAUACAGCCAGAACAACUGAGGAAGCAAAUGUAUGACAGAAAUGAUUUCGUAGACGAUGUCGAAGAUGGAAGCGAGGGAUCAAGCCUGGAGGCUGAAUAG